AGGAAUUUGAGAAUGAUUUGAGUGAAUGGGGUGUAAAUGAUAUAGACAUUGGAAAGAUGUUCACACAAUUGUUUCACGACAUCGAAGUCAAUAAUCACAAUUCUAAGUCCUGUAUUGACUGCAAUACUACUAUCACUUUUGGACGAGCGGUUAUAAAGGACCCUGAUACCAUUAGAUGGGUUAUACCUGCCGCAUGCAAAAAUGCAGGUUAUUCCCAAAGGGUAUGUGAGGGCACAUUGGACCGAAUGGCUGAUCCUCUCGCAUACCUCUUUCAACACUCGAAGAUAACAACACCUGAAAUGUGUUCCACUCUUCUAUCGCCAGACUGUAUGACAUAUUUGGGACUACCGUUCAGUCAUGCCGUUAAUUGGGAGCUAACUUUGCCAAAACCCAAACCAUUUGUACCAAAGUCUGGAAAUGACAAACAACUAAAAAUGUUACAUUUAACUGAUAUUCAUUUGGAUCUUUACUAUACUCCUGGCUCUAACUCUGUAUGCGAUGAACCCAUAUGUUGUCGGUCCACAUCCUAUGGACACAACCAUUCAGCCGGUUAUUGGUCUGAAACGACACUGAACUGCGAUUCUCCGCUCAUAUUCACUGAAGACGCCAUCGGAGAUGUGGCACAAACUCACAAAGACUUGGAUUUCGUCAUAUGGACGGGAGAUAACAUCCCUCACGACGUCUGGAAUACAACAAAAAUAGUUAAUUUAAAACAUGUUGAAGCCGUCACUGAUAUGUUUAAGAAAUCAUUUCCAGACAAACCGAUAUUCUCUCGAAAAAGCGUCAAU